CGUGAAUUUCACAUUUCCGGUCCCGACGUCCACUCUGUUGCGGUUGAAAAUUUAAGCCACGUAAGUUGAUGCCUGAUGGUCGAACAAUCGCUGUCUUGUCUUUAUUUAUGUGAGGUAGUAAGACAAGCAGCAAAACUGAAAAUCUGCGUACAUAUUCGACGGAAAAGGAAUGCCUGUACCGAAUACUCCAAACGUGGUUCUUAACUUUCUACUUCGCGGGGCUAAAUUUUGUUGUCAUGGGAGAACUUUUUCUACACUAGACAAAAGAACGAUCAGGUCUUCUCACACGAACAGUGCAAAUGGAAUUGCGUUUCGAUCUGAGUUAAAAAGAAAAGCAAAAAGGGUCGUGGUUAAGCUUGGAUCAGCUGUUAUCACUAGAGAUGACGAAUGUGGUGUCGCUCUCGGAAGACUUGCCUCUAUCGUUGAACAAGUAAGGCGCCAAAUUAAAUUUAUUAUAACAGUUGUUUCCAACUGGGUUAUGAGUGCCGACAAAUAAAUGUACCUGUUAAGCUUCUAGGAUACUUCUCCUUGUAAUGCAUAAUUGCGAUCCAAGGCUGGUUGCCCUCUGUUUAAGACUGUAAUAUUUCAUCCUCAUUUUAACUCUCUAUCGUUUCGUUCGAUCCCGAAAAAAUCACGCUUUGUGUUACUAUAAUUAACUCGCACACGUGUGUUUACUGGACCCAACCCCCGAGAACAAAAUUUCCAUAUUAAGUCAUAUAGGGGUCAAAAUCUUUAUAGGAAGGAUAAAGCUAACCAAGAAUGUAACAAGAAAUAUUAGGUUCAAUUUUUUGAGCCAUGAUUUAUAAUCCUCCCACUUUCACUCUUGUUUUAAAAGUCUAUGGAAGUUAUUUCAAGUAUUAAGUUAUUGAGAGUAUUUACCUCGAAGACGUCGUGUGGGGUCUAGAUGUCUGAAUAGUGGCUGAGUUUUUUCUUAGUUUUAGUGCACCAAUUCAAUGUCUAUCAAAAGCCAGAAAAGAAAAACCCAAUUAGUCGGCAAUCUUAACCAAACAUUUAAGUAUUUAUUUCUUAGCCAAAAGAUUCUGGCAAAAAUUUUGCUCUAUUGCAAGGUUAAUUCAUUGGACUUUUUUUAGCUUCCUUUGUUUUUAAUUCAUCCAAUGCUUUAAGUUACUUUAUUUUUUCAUUCUACUUCUAUGCUGGCUGCAUGUAAACAUCUUAAUUAAAAAAAUUGUCUAGAAAUUAUCUUAGCACAGGUUGAAAAUACAAUGUAUACUUUAUGCAGACUAUAUGUUGUAUUUUAUAUGAGGCAAUUUUUUAUUCUUAUCUAAAGCGAGGGGCAAUUCCUGGUAGGCAAGAUUUGUCUCACCUUCUUAUAUCUUUCAGCUAGUAUGUGCACUAUGAUUGGUCAAUUUAGUGGGCCAUAUUUCACUGUGCAGCCUGCUACAUUCAAAUUUUUUGUUUGAAUUUAAAGGUUGUAAUCUCAGGAUCUCAGAGAAUUCAGGAGUUUAAGGGUCAAAGGACAUUAGGGACAGUGAUUUUAAUAUAUGAACAGUGACCAAAAGUAUAAUGCCUCAGUUUAACAUUUCUGGUGUACUCUGUUAUCAAACAAUCAGUCAUAUCAUAUUUUAUACUAAACAGCAUUAACAAAUUAAAUAUAUGCUAUAUGGUGUAAGUGUAAGGGAAUAAAAGUCUCAAUAUUCAGCUUCUGUCUUUGUGAAACAUUUCUGCCUGUGUCCCCUAUUUUCAAAACAGAUCUAAGGUUUGUCAUUCAGUUUCAUUUUGAAUGCCAACAUCAAUUUCAGGCUUUAAUUCACUUGUAAUACAUUUGGAAAUUAUGGAGAGUGCACCAGUCUAAGAGAAGAGGCAAAUGCUUGCCUGAUAGGGAAGUGUUAGCACAGUUAUUAAAUCCUAGAAGGUGAAGCACCCAAUAAGGCCAGCUGUUUUUCCAGUGCAGUGAAAGUCCUUUUCACGUAUCAGGCUUAUCACUGAUAAUUUCAUACCUGUUUUGAAAAAAAAACUUCUUAAAUGACUUACAAUAGACACCAAAGAUAAGUCACACUUGCAGAUGAGCCACACCCUGAGUGCAGUCACUCAGAUAUUUGAAAAGCUUGUCAACAAAAAUCAAUUGAAAUUGAGGGAGUUUUUUAUGUUUGUUCUUUCAUCACACUUGCUCCCUUGUAAACCUAUGAACAUUGAAAACAGUAAAAUACUUUCAAUCCUCACCAAUAAUUUUGGCUGUAAGAGCAUGGAUUAUAUCUACCAACCUAGACUCAUUUAUAAAUUUUACAUAAAACAACAGGAAACCUUAAGGUUUUUUUUGUUGGCUCAUUCAUAGCAUUGAAACCAGCUAUUCGAUUUAGACCUCUAAAUUGUUAAUAAAAAGUAUUGAUUUAUAUCUAAAAAUUGGAGCACAUUUUCCAUAAUUUCUCACCCUUGAUUUACUAGGAAAACUUUCACUAACUUCUCCACCAGUGUUUUGGGUAAUCAAUACCAUCUUGCUUCUUGAGUACUGAUUGUCUUAGGCUUUGGAAACAUCUUGGGAUUGAUAAAUCUGUGAGGUCUGAAUGUCUCAUUGGUGUUAUUUUUAUUUGAAUUUUUUUCAAUGAAUUUAUGUACAUUGUUAUUCCUACCUUUCAGGUGUCUGAGUUACAGAAUAGUGGAAGGCAAAUGCUUCUGGUUACAAGUGGUGCUGUAGCUUUUGGCAAACAAAAACUUAGACACGAGAUACUUCUCUCUCAGAGUGUUCGUCAAACGCUCAAGCCACAAGAUGUCCUGAAGGUACUGUAUUUCACAACACCUAUUACGUUUACACUUAGAUAAGUAUACCCUUAAAAAGCACCCUUGUGGCAAAUUAUGUUAACCCCUUAAGUCUCCCAGAUCAAAUUUGUAAUUCUCCUUACUUUCAACCAUACAAUUCUUAUAAUAUCAGUUCAGAGAAUUUAGUAUUGGAUCAACUAAUUAUCCCCAAAUUGACAUUUGUCUUUAUUCUCAUCACUUAUCUGGUUGAUAUUGUAUUGAUAUUGUAAGGAGAAAUUGUGUCUUGGUCACUCAUGGGAGUUAAUUGGUUUAAACUCCCAGUCUAUGAAUGUUGAAAGUUCAGCUUGAAUUUUCCAACGUUAACUUUUGCAGUCUGUAUUACUUAUCCUUAUUAUCCUUAAGCAACCUCAUUUUCACAAGCUAUCUUUAACCUCGUUCAUUAUUUGUAUGUCUCUGUUGUACUGGGGUCACGAGUUUUGAGCCCCAGACCUGACCAACACACAACGUCUUGAAGUAAGUAUUAACCCUUUUCACCCUAAGAGUGACCAGCAUCUAGUUUCUCCUGACAAUAAUACUACUGAAUCAUUCAUUUUAGAUCAUGAGAAUUAAGGAAAUUGUCACAAAUUAAAGAAGCUCUUGAUUGUUAAACAAAUUCUCCUCAUCAGCACCUUAGGAAAUGUAUAGAUAACAGUAUGGAGAAUGUGCACACUGAUGUUAGGUUGUAAAGGGUUAACCCUUUAGCUCCCAUGAGUGACCAAGACAGAAUUUCUCCUUACAAUAUCAACACAAUGUCAACCAGAUAAGUGAUGAGAAUAAAGAAAAAUAUCAAUUUGGGCAUAAUUAGUUGUCCUAAUACUUAUUUCUCUGAACUAACAUUGUAUAGUUGACAGUAACAAGAAUUACAAAUGUGAUCUGGGAGUUAAAGGGUUAAGGAGAAUUUGUGCUACCUUUGUUAUGACAUCUGCAAAUAGUUCGUCUUCUCAAAUAACAAUGAAAAAAAGUUGGAUCCCUAUCCUGCAUCUUUUUUAUAUGCAUUAGGGAUGCUAACCAACCCAAGCUCUUCUUGCAAAGAGUAGGGAAUGUAGCUCAAUCCCAGUGUUGUGGUUUGGCCUUGUUUCUAAACAUUUCAAAAUUAAGGGAGAAUGUGCUAUAUAAAUGCAUCUUUAUCAUUCCAGUUAUCAUUAUCUAUACGAUUAUAAAUGAGCUCCAUCUAGGGAAUCAUCUGAUGUGCAAACUCAAAAUAAUUCAAAUUAAUAAUAAUUUUGUACCAAGACAAUCACUCUCUGCUUGACUAUGACAACCUGUACAAAGAUAGGUCUUCAAAAUGUACAGACACAGGAAAUAAUGUACAGAACAGUAUUUUGUUACCAUUAGCCUUAUCAUUACCUUCAUAUAAUGUACUCAGUUAGUAAUACUGUGUUCUUGCAGUCAAGGCCUUAUAUUGAACCAAGAGCAUGUGCAGCUGUAGGUCAGGGAGGAUUGUUGUCACUCUAUGAAGCCAUGUUUCAGCAGUAUGGCCUGACUUGUGGACAGGUAUGUUUAAAGAUUAUUGCAAAAGAUUAUUUUGCUUCAAAAUUCAAACCUAGUGGUAUUUAGGUGAUUCUCCGAUGUGAUACACAGUGGAAAUAAUUAGGGAUCUCUGAGCACACAAAUCAUAAUUUCAUUUUCUUUUGUCAUAAGUUAAAACCAAAAUACCACUGCUUUUGCACUAAGAAACUUGUAAUUCAUUGAGGACUGAUGGUUUUUUUGAGAAAGAAACAUUGAAGGCAAAAUAACAGGUACAAGGAGCACAUUGUAUACCUUUAUUGUCAAUUUCUUUCAUUUCAUUUCAUUAUUCCUUGUGUUGAGUGUUUUAAUGGUCUCUCAAUCUUAACUGAACUACAUACAUUUUUCAAGAUCUUACACCACAAAGUCAGGUGCAAUAAGCAGUAAAAUCACCAGUAUGGCUGAUUGGUUAAGCUCCUCAAAUUUCACAAAGCACCUUUUGAGUUAAAGACAAGGAAUAGUGGUUUACUAAUUUCAGUUCUGAAAAAAAAACAAACAAACAAACAAAGCCAAUACCCACAUGCAACCCUCUUUACCGCAUAAAGUAACACUUUGGGUAGGAAGUAAUGGACAGGUAUAAAUUGAUUGAUCAAUUGGUCAGUAAAAUUUAUCAUAAAGGUCAACUGGAGAGUUACGAGUGGAGGGGGAGGGGGUAGGGGGUAGGGUAAUACUUAUCAAAAGUGCUGUUAGUAUUUUGCUUGAAAAGUGUUCUUUUACCAUGAUGUGUCAUCAGUUGGUGCUACAACAUUGGUGCCUCAUUGAGUAAUUACUUGUAAAAAAAUCUUAUCAGACAAAUGUUUCAGCAAGCAGUGUUUGAAUCUUAAAUCAUGGCAUGACUUAAAUUAGACUUUGGAGAAGUUAUUUGUGGUAGGACUCUCACUUUGCUUCUUGUUUUCUUUCAGUUACUGUUGAUUGUGUGUGGGUAAAGGGGAGAACCUUUUUUGACCAUUUGCCCAUCUUGUCUCUAGCUCCAUCGCCCCUGUCAGGAUUUUCUUUCUCAGAGUCAGACUGAGUGUAGUAUUAAAAUUACACAUUUUCAAGCAUGAGCAUAGUUUUCAAGCAUAGAUUGUUGUUUUCAUUUUUUUUUAGCUUUUUUUUUUUUUGCUUUUCAAUUUUUAAGCUCCAGAUAACAUGAUAGUUUUAGUUAAGGACCAUCAUUGAAGGUUCCUUUUUUUGUGAGGGAGGGGAAAACCAGUAAGCAUUUCAUCCAUGUUAAGGAAAGUUAUUUUUAUUGUUAUCAUUAUAAAAUUUGCAGAAUGUUUAUUAUAACUAGAAUUAUUAAAAUUGUGCUUUGCAGGUGCUGAUCACAAAGCAGGAUGUAUCUGAUAAAUACUCACUGGAUAACCUAAGGUCAACAGUGGAGGAGUUAAUUUCCAUGAACUGUAUUCCAAUAAUAAAUGAGAAUGAUGUUGUGGCAUCACCUCCAGGCAUGGAUCUAGAUUUGGCUGGGGUGAGUACAAUAAAAUUCUUGUUACAGUUCAUGGUUUGAACCUGGGGUCAACAUUAAAUUGUGUAGUCUGAGGGUCCAGGUAAGUAGUCUCGAUGAGCACACUGUUUUAGGCAGUUGUGACUGAUGUUUUUACAACUUUAGCAGAAAGUCAUCAUCAGAAUCCUUCUCAGGAAUACCACCACCGGGAUUAUCAGACUACACAAUUAUCAAGUAAUAAUUGAUAAUAAUCAUCAAAUAAUCAAGUGCAAUUUUAUUGAUGUAUGUGGAUAGAUGUACUUUCAUGACUUAUGGAAAUGACACACAUUUUGCACAUUAGAGUGAAUUUGAAAAUCAAGGGUGACAGAAUUUGCUGUAAAUUGGAUGACAGAAUUCUUCUGAGCAUGUAGAUGGACUGCAACAUCAUUUUUUCAUAUUUUGGUCUCUUUGAUCAGUUACACGUAAUUCUCAUGUCUUCCCUUAGCUGAAACUUUCAGACCUCCAUAAUCGUAUUCUUUACUCUUGACAAAUUUAUAAGGGUUUUGUUGAAAAAAUUCCCUUGGUAGUAGUAUAUUUAUGUAUACAUGUUGUAGUUGGAGUGGUUUGAGUUAAAACAAUCUCUAAGAAUCUUGAAUUUUCUUGCUGGUUGAGGAGUAAUGUGCUGUAGAACAAAGGAGAGUACAAAUCAAACCAGCAAUAGUUUGAAUUCAUUUUGACUUAAAAUACGUUUUAAACUGCAUCACUAAUUUUAUCCUGUGUCAUGUAGGAAGGUAUCCCAUAGGUUAUGUGCCUACACUGUUCAUUAUUCUCUUCCAUUGUUUGGCCAUAGACUACAACUUAAUGUUAGUCAGACAGAGUAAAACAUUAUGUGGGGAAUGAAUUUUCUAAGAGAGUGAAAAUUUGCUCCUUUUUUAGUGAAACACUCACCCAAACUGCUAGUCACAAAUGGAUUAACAAGACACAAAUAAAGCAUUUUUUCUUCUCGUGAAAUUUACCAUCAAUUGGCUUAGAUACUCAGGUUUCAACAUUUUUUUAAAAAUAUGUUUGGUCUGUUUGUCACCUUUAAUAAAGAAAUUGGAUAUUCAAUUGACAUGAUAAUAUUAUGUUAAUUGCCCACCAAGUUGCUCUAACUUGCAAUUCAGAGCAGGAGCUCAAUUUCAGUGAAAAAUUCUAACUUAUUAGUUUUUUUUCCUAAUUUAUAGAAGCCUCAGAAGGUUUUUUAUCAUUCAAUUCUGAGUUCUGAAUAACAUUUGAAGCUUGAGGUCCUAUUAUUUGCUAGUUGGUUGGUCUGAAGAAUUUCAGGCCUGCAAAUUUCAUGAGCCUGUUUAAAGCCAACGCAAAUACAGUGUGAUGUGCAUCCACUUUUAGAAACUUAAAGAAGCUGUGUAAUAUUUUUUUCCAAAUUAAAAAUUGAUUUCCAAAUUCUCCAUUUGAAAUGUGUGGUAGAAUCUUUUUAAUGGAUAUUUAGAUGUACUUUGUUUUUGGUAUGUAAGAAGGUGUCAGUGUGAGUGGUCCAUGGAAAGCUUUUUGGCUGAUUCCUCUUUCAGAAUUUCCUGGGUGAGAAAGUCAAUUUGUUUCCCCACUUCCCCAGCCUAAUCAGAUAAAAAAUAAAUGAAUGACCUUUAAUUUCACACUUUAGAACUGAAUAAGUCUUUGUACUAUCUACUUAUUGAACAAAAAUUAUUUUAAGAUUAUUUCCCCCUUUUUUCUGCUUUGCUCUCCACUUGCUUUCAUUUGUUUACACCACAUUUAAUGUUGUCAAAUUCAUCAUUUAAAAUUGGUCUUCAAAAUGUCUCUUUCAUUUGUAUGAAAUGUGUUCAUCAAAAUAAUCAAUAUUUUGUCAAAUAGAGAUUUAAGUCAUUGUAUUAAUUCAUACCUUUCAUCCCGUUCUAAGAUUUUUUUAUUAUUUCUGUCCUUGAGUGUGUCCUCUAUUUGUUAGGUGCACAUACACUGUAAUUUGUCCACUGCCAUGUACAUCUUUCAUUUCACACAGUUUGCAUGGUUGACCUUUUUCCUCAGACAUACAGCUUCCUGUGCUAAAUUCUUUUCAGUUAUGUCAUUAUUACUCAUUCUAGCAUUUGAAGUUGGCAGUUUUCUUUCUGCAUUGAAAGUUUUCUGACUUUUUUUAUUAUUUUGGUAGUUGUGAAUUUUUUUCCAUCUGUUUGUCAAAACUGUCUCAAUAUUUUUAAGCAAACUUUUCAAGUCAGAAUAGUUUAGUUAGCUAUAUUAGGUAGAUAGCAUUUCAAUAAGCAGUUCCAGAACCUUUUCAUAGCCAUCAUAACCAGGUCAUAUCCUGGAAAACUCUAGGGGGAAUUACAUUAAUUGUAUGCUUUCAUCAGGCACAACUUUUGAAGAAAAUCAAUUGAAACAAACUUAAAUUUUCAGACUGGUAAGAGCUUAGCUUGCGAGCAGAACAUAAUUAAAAGUGCUUCAACAAAGCUUUUCUGUCCAGUGGAAGAAGUCAUGUUGAAGUUUGAAACCUUGAACAACACAAGCCAAUGAGAGGUUGGCAAGGGAUCUAGCAAUGAUAGUUUGUGCCAGAUCCAUUACAGACCUCUCACCAGCUUGCUUUACUCAAAGUCUUAAACUUACUUAUGGUUGAAGAAACGCUAAGCCACAAUGCCAAUAACUUGAGAGCCAGAGUGCUCACAGGCUAGUGGGGUCUCCUUCACUGUAUAAGUGUGUUGAUAUCUUUUGAAAUGACUGAGGCAAAAUUGGUAGGAACCAUCUGUGACCAUUAAGCAGUGAUUGUUCCUAUAAAAACGUAUGAUUUCUGAACAAACUAGAUACAAGAAGUUUCAGUGAUAAUUUCUGUUGGAAAUUAGUGGUUGGUUAUGGGGAGCAUAUGGAUAAAAAGAUUGUGCUCCUUACUGACUGAGAGGUCACUGGAGGGGUAGGGUGUGGAGGAAAGACAGUGUAUGAAAUGCUGCAUACACUCAUCCAUUGCAGCUGUAACAGGGUAAUUUAGUGUUAUCAACUGAGUUGAAAAUGUAAAUUGGCCACCAUAAAGAGUUUAAAUUUCAAUUGCUCUGAAGAAGGGCUAACACUCGAAACGUCAGGCUGUAAACUCUUUAUGGUGGCCAAUUUACGUUUUCAACUCAGUAGUUAACACUAAAUUACCCUGUUAUACUCUCCCACCAAUGUAGCACCACAGUUUCCUCAGAAACUUACCCCCCUCUACUCACUGCACUUGUAGUUUCAUUCAAAUUUUUUCUGAGUUGUAUGGCUCUGUUAUGUUUUAAAUUCUGAGAAGGAGCAGUAUGCAUCAACCUUUCCAUUUCAUAUCCCAUGCUUUUUAAUUAAUUCUUCUUAUUUAGUCUUGCUUGGUCCCAUUAUACUUAGAUUGCAGAAAAAAGGCAGUGUGCACCACCCAUUCACUUGAUCCCCUGCAGAAAUUAUUUCUCUUAGAUACUCUAUGUACCAGAUGACUUGAUGGUGUAGCCUUAAUGAAGAAGAAUCUAAUUUGACAGGGUUGUCAGAGAGCUUCUGAGUAGGCUGCAUUAUUGUGGAAUUUGCUUUCUGUCCCAUGCCAAAGAAACCAAGGAAAUUUUCCAGUUAUAUUGACUGAGUGGCCAAAAGCAUGAAACUCAUUUUUUUUUGAAAACCUUUUUCAUACAAUUCAAGUUAAGACAAAGUUUUAUGUACAAUUUAGCUCAGUGAGAAUGUAGUUAAAAGCUAGACAAUGAAUUUUUCUAAUACUUUCAUUGUCUCCUUCCCUUACAUGCACUAUUGUUCCAACUUGAUAAGAUGGCCAGGGCACCGGUAAGUAAUAUUUUCAAUCACAAAUCCCUAAUUCAGUCACUCACCAGCAUUUAGAGAAGUCAGUUGUUACUAGAAGUCAUAGUUAGUGAAUACAGAAGUUGAAACUUUGUUAUUUGUUUCCUGGUUAAUAUCAAUUUCAAGGACUAUCUAUCAAACAUAGAGCCUGAAAAAUAGAUUGGCAAAAAAACAUGAAAUUAGUACAAAAAAAAAUUCCAUGUUUAGGCUUCAGAUCCCUUAAAACUUAAGAGACCCAGUCAAAGUACAGCAUCUACAUGUUCAUUGUGAAUUCACAGUCAGACUUAAAAAUUGCCUUCGGUCCACCAGUUAGUGAAACAUUAAAAUUUGUGGUGGCAUAUCAGAGAUUGACCUAGAUUUUUAGGAUGUCGUGCAUUUUUGGCAUUAGCACAUGGCUGCAGUGGGUCAGCCUGGCAUUUGUAGCUUUUAAUCCUUUAACUCCCAAGAUCUGAUUGUAAAUUCUCCCCUCUAGCUGCUACACAUUUCCUUAUAAACUAGUUAUAAGAAUUUAGUGUCAGAUCAAGAUAAAAAGUUCUACCUGAUUAGUUUUGAGUAUUCUCAUUAUCUGUUUGCUGGGUAAUGUAUGAAUACUAUGGGGAGAAGUUACAUUUUGAUCACUUCUGGGAGUUAAAACCAAUUCUAGACAUAAUUUUUCACUCAUCUUUAGUUUCCUUGUUAAGACUGUGUCGGACUGAAUUUAUCUCACUCAUUGAAUUGUUUGCUGGUCAUGCUUAAAGCACCCAGGUAUUCCAGUUCUAAAACAUUGAAAUUGAAGGACAGACGGCUUUUUUAACAAAGUUUUACUAGUGAAAGGCAGAUGAACACUUGUUUAUAAUCUCGGCCUGAUUUUGUGAUUUUCACUGGACUCUUUCAUCUCGUUUCCUUUGUUGAGAUCAGAGGACUUUUGGCAGAGAUUAACAUAUAUCUUGUCCUUACAAUAUCUUUGCAUUAAAUCUUACCACCUUAACAUCAGUAUGCAUAUUCUCCACACUGUUCUCUAUACAUUUCGUAUGGUACUGACUGGGAGAAUUUGUUUGACAAUCAGUAGCUUCUGUAGUAGGUGAUCAUUUGAUCUAUUCUCAGUACCCUAAUGUUUGAUUUAGCAGUCAUAUUGUAAGAAAAAAUUAGCAUGAUGCUCAUCACUCUCAGGAUUAAUCACGGGCAAACUUGAAAGUAAUCACUGUAUCCGCAACAUCGCAGAUACAAACCCUACAAUUCUGCAGUCGUUCUGAAAAUAUAGGAAUCUUAGCUUAAGAUAUAAUUUUCAGUUGAGUGUCGAAAGAAAUUCGGGAUUGCGUUGGGGUUUUACAUAACUUUGCUCUGUGAUUGGCCCAGAAAACUCGCCCCAUCUUCUCAAUCAAUCAGAUGCGAAACUAAAAACCGACCGGCUUGGUCGCAGGCGUUUUCCCGCGCGCUUCAAGCAGUUUACUGUUUUUCUCUUUGAGUUCUCAUUGGCGAAUGACUAUGUAAAAAUUUUGGCCAUUGGGAUUACAUAGCGUUUGUUCUUUUGACAUUCAAUUGAAAAGUGCUCUAUUUAUUACAGUUUGAUAUUCUCUAGCAAGUGUAAUGAUCGGGGAAGUACGAUUCACUGAAUUUAAGGAAAUUCCUCAGAGACUCUUGUCAAAGAAAUUUGCUAUAGUUGGGCAUAUACAAUUAACUGUUCUUAUUUCACAAGUCUUCUUUGCAAGACUUCUACGACGAUCUAGCAAGUUUCAUCUUCAAAAAGUUUAAGCUCUCAGGGACUCCCUGUUCAAAAUCUGGCAAGUUUGAUUUUAGACACGGCGAACUGUUCAGGAAAACUUCUCAUAUUUAUUGUUUAACUCUCAGGAAAGUCUUUCUUGAUAUUAUUGUGAAGCUUCAGCAUAAAUGUGGAUUUGAUUAGAACGUGUCUGUUACUCUAGUGUUCUAAGAAAAAUAUCCGAUUCUUGUUGUUUUCAUCAGGUGAUAAGUGUAAAGGACAAUGACAGUUUAUCUUCCUUGCUCUCAGUGGAACUGAAGGCAGAUUUGCUGUUGAUAUUAUCAGAUGUGCAGGGCAUUUACAGCGGCCCUCCUGACUUGCCCGAGUCUCGCCUUCUGGACACAUUCAGGCCAGCGGACGUCAGUAAUAUUGAAUUUGGAGAAAAGUCACGUGUUGGCAGAGGAGGCAUGGAGUCUAAAGUGAAGGUUCGUACUUAAUCAUACGUGAUAACCAUACAUAAUCUUAAUUAGGGGAUUAUUGGGGCUCUUACUUGAUGUAGAAGAUACAGUAUACGUCACACUAUUGUGACUAUUGUGUAAACUGUAUCUUCUACACCAAGUAAGAGCCACUAUUGGUCAUUAUCUAUCGCGGGGGGAAGAGAGUGAGGGUUCGGAGAAAUGUUUUUACUUGGCUCUAGUAGUUUUUAGAGGGAGGACUGCCAAUGAGCGGGGAUUGUUAGAAUAUUACAGAUUCUCGAAAGGAGGUUAGGAGAAUUUUAUUUUGACGCAACCAAAAUCCUCAGAGAAUUUUCGACACUGUAUCGCACUGAAAUUCCCGUUCGUAAGUGACGAGCUGUUAUUCAAAAACAUGGUGAUACAACAUUAUUUUUGACGUGAUAAAAUUAUAAUAAAAGUAAAGGCGAAAAGGAUACUGAAUUUUAAGGAAAACUUGAAGUCAGAAAGACAGGUAUUUUUAGUCCACCUCACUGAAAUUCAGCCAAGUCAUACAAAUUUUGUACGAUCCAUAUAUAGGUAGGGAUUUUUCAAUUUAUAAUUUGAGUACAUCUUAGUUACAGUACAGUACCGUUUUCAGAGUUAUCCACUCGGUAGAAUAUUUCGAAAAUCUCCGUUUUCAGUGGAUUAGACUGAACGCCAGGCAUAACCGUAAGUCACAGCACGGUGUGGACGGCGCCUCACAGUAACUCUUUUACAAAGGCAAGUUUGCGUUUGAAUCUUGGGGAAAGAAAGAUCGAAACAGUUUCGCUUGGCGUGUCUACGUGUGCAAUUAACUGUUGAAGAAAAAGACUUAUCGAAUCUGAAUGAUAAAUUAUUUCAACUCGUACCUUCAUCAUUUUUUUUUUACCUCUGCAUGACUCUUCAGGCCGCAGCCUGGGCACUAGAGAGGGGUACGAGUGUUGUUAUAGCCAAUGGUACUGGCAGUGACUACGUCAUUCGUGAGGUUCUGGAUGGCCGGAAGGUUGGAACAUUCUUCACUAUGGUCGACGAACCAGGGCCAUCUGUAGAGAAUCAGGCUGCGGCAGGUACGUCAGAAUGUACCUCAGUCCAUGUCAUCGUCAUUUUGUUGUUCACCUUACCGUGAUUGGUUCGAAAAUGAGAGCAGCAGGCUAAUCAGAAAGCGAGUUAUAUUAGAUCGAAACUUGAUUGUUAUUGUUUUUAUGUUUAAAAUUCUCGCUGAGUACGAACUCUAAUGGCCAUCUGAUACUGGUUCAUCUCGAACUAAAAUUACAUAUUUUGAAACCUUGAGGAGAAGAAUCCUGAAAAGAAAAAAAUUGGAAUGUUAACUGGUCAUGUUCUCACAGGAUUUGUGAAAAUAUUGAUUUCAGAUGCUAUAAUGCAAGAUGGGGGCAGUUUUGUAGAUACGGUUUCUCCCCCUCACCGAAAACUAGUGGUUAGGUUAUUCCCAUGUGAUGGUAUGCCGAGAGAUCAAGGUUGAUCAUGUGACUGUACUAAACAACUGCAUGGAAUUUUGCACUUUCCUCUCGGGAUAUACUAGUUUUAUUGAAUUUUUUUCUUAGAUUAUAAUUUAUCUUUCUUUUUUCUGCGAAAAUGUGUUCUUCAGUUUCUUUUUUUAUUCUUUUUUUCUAAGCUCGAAAGGGAGGAAGAGCUCUGCAAGCACUGACCGCUGCCCAGGUACGGUUGUAGACUUCUGUUAAACGCCUAUAGUCAAGUAAUUGUUUACUCUUCAUUUAAUUCCUUUUUCAGGUGUAGCUAGCAGAACAGGAAAGAGUUUUUUUUGCGCUUUCAGUCGAACGGAGGCAAACGCAAGGCGAGCGCAAGUAACACGUUCCUCCCCUCGCACCUGACUCGCACUUCGCGCUCGCCUCUCGCUUGCCUCCGUUCGAUUGAUGAAACGCAAAAAUAUUACGUCUGUCGUGCAGGCUGGUUCAGGUCAUUUCAAAUCAUCCAGAUUUUUCAACUUGAUUUCAGAACGAGAAAUUCGGCAAAAAAUGACGCAAAAUUCCCUUUGGCUAAGGGGUAGCGCUCGGUAUUCGUUAGCAUCUUUUUUUUUCUUCUCCCUUUCUCUCUCUCGCUUUGCUUUACUCAGCCUAGUUUUCGAAGCUCGACUUGGAGUCAAGUCUCCUCAUGCCUUAUAUGUUAUUUCAAUAUUCAAACUUCACGUGUUGUUUUGCGGUUUAUGUGAUGCGCUUUUGUUUUUCUUCUUAUGUGUUUCGUUCAGCGGGCCAGAAUCAUCUACAAGUUAGCUAACCUUCUAAUGGAACGCAAGGAUCAGAUUUUAGACGCUAACUCUUUGUCUCUCUUUGUUUUCCUCAGCCUAAUUUUUUGAAGCUCGACUCGGAGUCAAGUCCCCUCAUGCCUUAUCUGUUAUUUCAAUGCUCAAACUUCGCGUGUUGUUUUGCAGUUUAAGUGAUGUUCUUUUGUUUUUCUUUUUAUGUGUUUUGUUCAGCGGGCCAGAAUCAUUUACAAGUUGGCUGACCUUCUAAUCGAACGCAAGGAUCAGAUUUUAGACGCUAACUCCAAAGAUCUGGACCAUGCUCGGUUUGAGGGACGACUACCGGCUCCCAUGAUGGCCAGAUUGCUUUUGACGCCGUCCAAACUUGAAAAUCUUGCUCAGGGACUGAGACAGAUUGCGGAUUCCUCUCACAACAUCCUGGGUCGUGUUCUUAAACGAACCAAAAUCGCUCAAGGUCUAGAACUGAAACAGGAAACUGUUCCAAUUGGAGUGCUUCUCGUGAUUUUUGAAUCUCGCCCAGAUGCUCUAGUGCAGGUACAGCUGUGGUCAAUUAACAAUUGGUUCAUACGUCAGCGUGCGUUCAUCGAGAUUUGAAGCACGCGGGAAGUUUGGAGAGCACGAAAGAUGCGUAAGAGUUGCUCGAGGCGUAGCCGAGAGCAACUCUAGCUUCUUGAGUGCUCUUCAAACUUCCAAGUGCGUCAUAUCUCGAUGAACGCACAGCUACCGUAUGAACCAAUUGUUUUAUAACAUGUUCAACCAGAUGGAAAAUUUUUUUCCUCGAGGGAUUUGUUUGCUGACGUCAUGAGCGUGCACAAUAGGAAUGAGGCACGCUCGCGCAAUUGAAUUUGAUUACACAAAUUUACUAGCUAUGUUAUAACACAUGUUGAUUAUUACUCGUGUAUAUGAGAUACGGCUACUGAACGUUAUGUUUUAAACAGAAAGAUACGACCUCUUAGAAAACAGAAUGGAUAUAAGGGUUGCCAUGGGUUGAGUCAAAUAUCUAAGCAUCAUUUCGCUGUAGUAUUGACGUGUAUUUAAAUAAAUCAGGCAGUAUUGCCGCGCGUAUGUUUUCAAUGGAAAACAACUCUGUUCCAUCCAAAAGUCACUUGUGAACUGCGUUGAGAAUUGAUUUUGUUCUCUAAUUAUCUAAAAUUGUAGAUUAAAAGUGUGUGUAAAACAUAGCUUAUGCCUAAAUGACUCUACAUAAUACUAUAAGAUUUAGAAGUCGACUUUACGUGGCGUUAAGAUAUGGACAGUAUUUGUUUGCUCAUUGUUUGUUCGUUUGUUUGCUGUUUUUGUGUAUUGUUGCUGUUUUUGUUGUUUUGUUGUUAUUUAUGUUUUAUUUUGUUUGUUAGUUAACUGCUUGAGUUGAGGUGAAGUUAAAUUAUUACACUAAAGUUCUGCUUUCGUAAACCCCAGGUGUCUUUAACCUUACAUAAAGAAGACGAAAGGGAUUUUUUUCUUUCUCUGGUUUUGUUUGUUCAUGUAUUUGUUUGCUUUCCUCCUCUUAAGCUGGAUGUUUUUUCUCCAAGGUUGCCUCUCUAGCUAUCAGCACAGGCAAUGGUUUGCUUCUGAAGGGUGGCAAAGAAGCUUAUCACAGUAACAGAUGUCUUCACAGUCUUGUUGCAGAGGCUCUGUCGAUGUACGUUCCUCCGGAAGCUGUUAGUUUGGUAAGUUUUGCGACGGUUCUGAGUGAUUGCAAUUUUUACCUCAAAAUUGAAUUUUUCUGCCCUCAAUUUCAACCUUCUUAACUGUUUUGCAUUUAAAUCUACUUCCCACACUGAAUUUGGACUAAGUAGCUUUCAGUAUGUCUUUUACACUCUCAAUGAUUUCUUGGGACGAGCUUCGAAAAUCUUUUGACUUCCAAAACAGGAAAAGUGGGUACCCUGUUCAGACCGCAUUUCGAUCGGGUGUCAUAAAAACAGUUUUAAGUGCUGGAAAAUACGAAUAACUAUUUCGCCUCUGUUUUAGUUUUGGAUCUGAUCGGUUGAGGAAGUAGUAGGAGUUUUCUGUACCAAUGGCAAGGUGCAGUAAAGUAAACCCAAAUAAAAGGGAUUCCGAAUUACUUUGAACACUUAAGUGGAAAUUUUUCUAAUAAGCGAAGCGCGAUUGUAGCGAAAGUGUGUUAAAUGAAGGAAUUUUGCGUGUACCCAUCCCCGUUCUUUUCGCUCGCCGUUUACUGAAUUCCGGGCGAUCAUUUCUCUUGGAAACCUUGUCACAGAUCUGUCAUCGAACUCUGUGAGCCGAGUGCAACCCUGUCAAAGCUGUAGUCUUUAUAUACUGAUCGUGUAUUUAUUAUGAUAGGUCAGUACUCGAGAAGAGGUAAAUGAUCUACUUCAGUUGGAUAAAUACCUGGACUUAGUCAUCCCGCGAGGCUCCAGUGAGAUGAUUGAGCGCAUCCAGACAGAGAGCAAAGGAAUUCCUGUUCUUGGGCAUGCUGAGGGAAUUUGCCAUGUGUAUGUCGAUAAAGAUGCAGAUCUUGAAAUAGCCACCAAGAUUGGUAAGGAUUAUUUAACUCAUUAUUGUACCUUAUGCUUGGUGAGGGAAGCGUUCCUUUGCUGAUUUUGCUUAAUUUUCAAUUGGAAGUCGUGAUGACCCGCGAUUGCUUAACUGCGCACCGUGAUUGGUUUAGAAAACUCGCAGCUCUCUCCUAACCAAUCACCCUUGAUUCGGGUGCGAAUGAUGCGACACGAACACGCAUUUUGCAAUCUUCAGCAUAACUUCGUGGAUACUGCUUGCGGUUCUUGUGCGUGGGAUCAAAACCGCAACUUGGAUUCACUGUGCCUCAGGGAUCAUGGAAUACGAAAAUUUUGGUUCGCUUCAAUUUCCAGCAAUAGCCAAUACCUGUAAAAAUUUAUUCACCUGGAUGUUCAAACGCGCGGAACGUAUUGGGCCCAACAAGGCUGAAAAUGUUAGUCAACAAUGAAUAUUUUACCGAGCUCUCAUGGGCAAUAUCUUCAACUAAACCGUUCUUCAAUCGCUGACCCGUUUGGGCUUAAUGAUUGCCAAGAGAAACAUUCCGAUGUGAGUGGUCGUACAUUUACAACCGUUAAACUUCACUAGAUCAUCUGUAUUUUGGUUACAUUAUACUCUAUUCUUUCCGUUUGUAGUGGUGGAUUCCAAAUGCGAUUAUCCUGCAGCUUGCAAUGCUAUGGAGACUCUUUUGGUACACAGGGAUCUCAUAAGGUCACCAUUUCUGGAACGGAUGCUGAAGGCUCUUAGAGAAAAAGGAGUAAGUCGAAACCCUUUACACCCUAACAUUAGUAUGCGCUUUUCCCAAACUGCACUCUAUACAUUUCGAAUGAUAAUAACAGGAAAAUCACGAGUUUUUUUAGUUGGUGAUCAUUUCCCAUAUUUUCAUGACUUCAACAUUUGAAUCGAAAGUGAUAAUGUAAGGGGAAAAUACAUGUUAGUCACUCCAAGGGGUUAAACAGUUAAUGUCCUAGAACACACUGCUUUGAACUUGUUGUGGUGGAUGCAACAUGAGCGCGUGAGGUAAGUUCGCUUCUAGGAAAGUUUUAUAGCGUUGCUUUUCAACGGUUAUAAAUUUUUGUGUGUUAUUUUGCACAAGUGAUAUCUUUUUUAUCGUUCCUCACGUUCUUUGCGUCAAAAUCGCUAAAUUUGACAAAACUAUGAGGAGACCGCGUUGAGUUAAAUUGAAGCACAAAACUGGACAUUUUUUCAUUCAGUGCGCUUUAUUUGUCCGCCGCUAACCUACGUAAGUUCGUUCAUUACACAUGCUGGACGAAAGGUGCGUCCUCCUAAGUAAAGACCACCAAUAUCUACAGUAACGCUUUUUCAGUAGCACUCCGUUUGCAAAUUUUGCUUUUUUUAUUUCUACGUCCUAUCGAUUUUAUUUGUCCUUUUUUUUAUUAUUAUUAUUUUUUUUAAGGUGAUAGUUCACGCCGGACCCAACUUAGUGAAAACUUUACCGCUGGCUCCGGCUCCUGCUAAGACCAUGAAGAAAGAGUACAGUGGGUUAGAGUGUACGGUGGAAGUGGUAAGGACCACAGAGGAAGCCAUUGAUCACAUCCAUAAAUUUGGAAGCUCACAUACUGAUGUCAUUAUCACCGAUAAUGGUAAGAAUAUCGUACUCAAUCUUAGCCUUCAUCUCUCGGUAAUCAGGGUUCUUCUCAUCUCUGUUUGUGUCGCAACGAUUUUCGCGCGAGUUGUUCGGAGGUGAAGAGCAAAGGAUGUUCGGAGUUUGAGGGGCCAAUCAAAGCGCGCUUUCGACUUUUUCGGUAUAUACUAAUUGUGGCUAUCUAAAAAGAUUCGUAAAUGACCAAAUCUCCUGAAAGGAAACCUCUACUAGCGGAACAAGUUACUGUGACGCCGAUGAAAAUUGGGUGCAAUGUGAAGAUUCGUCGGAAUUUAUUGGACGCAAGGUCUAAAUUGUACAGGAAUUUGAAACAAAUGAAAGCCACAUUGGAUUUUCUGAAGUUGCCGCCGCAAGCAAUUUUAACCAACGGAGAUGUUGCCUAAAAGUUUGCAAAAGUUUACAUUAUAACAAUACAACGUCAGUUUGUUCCAGUAGGGGUCAUUUCUUUCAAUAAUUCUGAGGCCCACUUCUGAGGGUCUUUUCUGUAGCCAUCAGCUCUUCAAUCUGCCGAGCAGUCCGUCUUCGUUUUGCGCAAGAAUCGUUUACACCCCCUCCCCAGCCCUCACAACUCCAUGUUCCAUGGGUCACCUGGUUGGGGGAAUCUGGUGUAAGGAAAAAAGUGCUAUCGAUGCGUGAGUCACUUGCUCUGCGAGCAAUGCCUUGUUUGUGUUUUUGUUGUUGUUGUUGUUUUUUAUUUAUUUUUGUUUUUUUUGUUUGUUCGUUCUUUUUGCUGUAAGAACGUAAAAGGGAAUUUACGUAAGCUUCAUUACGCAGGGCAAUACACGCAACUCGCUCAUAUUUCUCCGUUUCUUUAUUACGCAACGUAUAAUUCAGUUCACAAAUUUUUAAGCAGCGCAAGACGCAUUUAAUACUUUUCGUUGUGCAUAUUACUGAAUAAACCCUAAAAUGUUUUUUUCUCAGGAGAGACUGCUGAUCACUUUCUGAAGGCUGUGGAUAGUGCGUGUGUCUUCCACAACACAAGCACGAGAUUUUCGGAUGGGUAUCGCUUUGGCUUGGGUAAGUAUGAAACAUUUUUCUCAGGUAUUACAGGAACACAAUUGCCGUAAAAAGUUCCGUUCGUGAAGCGCAAAAUUGAAGAGAAAUGACCCGGUGGGAGGAGAAAUUUGCUUCGAUUUUAUUUAUGGAGUGUGAAGUGUAAAAAAAAGAUUAUCCCAAAAGAAAAUAAAAGUCAAGUCACAUUUUAGGAAAGCCUUAAUAAAUAAAAAGGGCUACUUUACUCGUAGAUACCAUAAGUCUGGGAAACAGGUCGCAGGCCCGCAACAACGAUAGUGGUGGAGUUGGAUUUCUUAUUUUGACGCUGUAAUGGCGAUGAAAUCCUCCACGGCCAGUGUUCUUCAUGUAGUGUUGUUACUUUUCGUUUUCGUUUCAUAAAGUCAUGUGGAACUAGAAGCUUUUAAACCUUUAACUUCCGUGAGUGACCAGGCCCCGUUUCUCGGAGGUCCUGGUAACUUAACUUUCACUCAAUGUGGGGGCUUCAGAAGUUUGGUAAUUAUGCAAUAAAACUAUCAGCUAAAGAAACAAAAUGUGCCGGGUAGGAUGCCGGCGCCAGAACCUGCUGAUCUAUUCUGUAAAUUUUUAUUUUGAAAUAUUGCUUCGGGCUCGUUGAGUCAGCGAGACUGUAGAGAAGCCAUAACUGACGACCUGUUGUAAAAAAAAAAAACUCGCUCAGAAAUGCAUCUAACAUUGAUCUCGGGAGAUAAACAUGGAUUCAAUUUUACCAGAAGGACUAUUUUUAGUUUUCUUUGAGUGGUUGUACAUGUAAAGACCGUUUAAUAGUGGUGAAAAUUACAGUCGUCAAAGGAAAAAUUUCGUACUUCGAAAACCGACUGCUUAGUGCAUGGUGACCGCUUGAUGCAGGUUCGACUGUGCAAACAGCAGCACCUUGAACGCCCGGUAUAGCACCACUGCCUUGAUUGGGGAUGCACGUUACCCUUUGUUCCUAUGAGUGGAUUAUCAGGGUUUUCUUUUCCUGCGUAGGGGUAUUGUAUUGUUGAACUUGCCCGAGGAAGCCGGGAGGGGAAUUCAACGAGUCCUUUAAAGGUACAGGAUACUAAGUAAACGCCAUUGUUUUAUUUAGGUGCUGAAGUAGGUAUCAGCACGGGUCGUAUCCAUGCCCGGGGUCCUGUGGGUGUGGAAGGACUACUGACCACCAGAUGGGUGAUGACUGGUCAGGGGCACACAGUGGCUGACUUUGCUGAAGGAGGCUUGCUCAAGUAUCUUCACGAGACCCUCCCAAUUGAAGACGCUCCUCAGGAUUCUACUGAUGAAGAAACGACUUCUGACAAUGGCGAAAGCGAAGUUAUACAGAAAUAACUCCUUAAUGCAGAAAGUGAACGUCAGUUUGCGCACAGUACUCGUUAUAUGAGUCAAUGUUACGCUUUUCAUAAGCAUAUAUUUUUAAACGUUCCGCUGAAUAACCUAUUAUUUUGUUAAGUUUAUUUCAACCAGUGCUGUCAUGCAUUCCUCUUAGUUUUCCUAUUUAUUACUAGACACUGUAUAAAUAUCAAGUAACUUUUUUUUUUUGCGAAUAGCUUAAAGCGGAGCCCCAGUCUUAAGAAAAUACGGAUACUUAUCAGUAUAGGAAUAUUUGGUUGGCUUUGGGUUCGACCUCACGCAAUCUUAAUACCUUGUUAACGUUCUUGUGCUCCAUGCUCAAGUCCUAUUGGUGAAUAUAGCGAAAUAAUAACUGUGAGGUGACCCCCAACAUUUGACUGUUACGUGGUCAGGACAGGCUACGAAAAGCAGAAAACCUGACUCUUGAAAAAGGAUACCAAACUGAAAGAGGUUCGUUAAUAAUGAUGACAGUAAUUAUAUCGGUAUUACCGAGAUAUUGCAGUCAACCUCGAGGAAGCAAAAUAUUGGAUUCCUUCUUAAUUGGGUUCUUGAAUCAUUCCCGUGGAUUUCUCACAAUUCUCCGCAAAGGAAAGGGCGGCUGAGAAGUCCCUGAUCCUGAUGCUUGUUUCAAUAACAAGCUAGGUUUGUAAAUUAGUUCUCAAACAGACUCUCUUUUUGUGUUCAGAAGGGGAGGAGGAAAAGUGCGAUCAGUUCUGACAUGUGAACGCAGAACCUUAACUCUGCUAUUUAAGUACGGUUGGUACAGAUUUAAAAUAUACAUGUUUAUCACUGUCAAAACUGUUUAUCGUUAUUAUGCACAAUGACAACUACAUUUUAAAAACAGACAAUCGUUGAGACAUCACUGGGUUCAACCCGUGCUUUCGUGGUUACUUCAUCUUCUUUUCCAUAUCUGUCUCAUUUCCUCCCUCCACUUACCCCACAUAGAAAGCAAUGCUGAAAAGUAUAUUCUUUAAAGAAAAACAUAGUUUUAGCAGCGUAUUGUGAGCGGUCUUUUCUCUUUGCGUAAUAGUAUGUAUCAACAGCUUUGUCACCGAUGUAGGAGAUAAAGGACCUACGUAACAGAAACUUAACUAUAAAUAUAACAUAAAGAAUAAAACCUCAAGGAAGCAAAUACGUUUGAAAAUUUCUUGUUU